AGUACUAGAUAGAACUCUGUUCAACUCAAACACGCUGGCUUAAAUACUUAUAAUCAUUUUUUUAUAAUUUUAAACAUGAACACAUCGGUUUAUACCACGUGUCGAUUGUGUUCACAGCCGUGUGAAUUUAAUAACCGGUUGAAUGACCGCAAUCUUCGGGAGAAAGCUCAAGACAUCCUAGUCCUUUACCUAAAAGUUGAUGAGAAAAACAUUUCAAUAGUUUGCGAUUCCUGCCAGUCGCAAGUAGAAAGUUUCUACCAUUUCAAGUGGACAUGCCGGCAGAAUGAAAAAAAUCGAGGAAUACCGAAGGCAGCUUCCGGACCAGCACGCGUGGUGGAUGCAUUGAGCAUUAUAACCCAGAAAGAGUCAAAGCCAAAGCCAAUACAGACCGUCAAAGUCAAGAAGCCGAUUAUUAACAACCGCUAUUAUAAAAGGCGCACGGACCGAGUUUACAAGCGGAUCACGAAGGAACAGCUGGCCACGAAAACCCGGAAGGAGUUGUACAAGGAACGGGCCAGAAAAGUUUGCGAGCUGUGUGGCAAGUCUUACCAUACUUCCUACAUGGAUGAACAUAUGAACAAGCAUCGAGGCGUUCAACCUUAUCCUUGCGAUGUACUCGACUGUGGCGCAAAAUUCGGCGGUCCAUGGGCACUGAAAAAGCACAUCGAUCGAGUUCAUUCCGAGGGGCAACAUCCGUGCCCGCUAUGCAACAAGAUGUUUAGGGGUCCUGGAGCUGUUCGCGUCCACAUGAGACUCCAUAAAGAGAAAACAAUUUUCUGCGAAAUUUGUAAUUUUGGUUUCCAUACACAAUCACGGCUUCAAAACCACAUGCUGGUGCACACCCAGAAGCGCGACCACAAAUGUGAAUACUGCGAAAAAGCUUUCUACGCCAAACAAGUGCUUGAGCUGCACCGGCGAUCCCACAUGGGCGAACGACCCUAUGCCUGCCACGUGUGCGACUUCAGCCAUGCGCACCGGAUUCUGUACGUGAAGCACAUGCAGAAGCUUCACCCGGGGGAGGAAGUUCGAACGUUGGCAGAAAUUCAACGGAUGGCGAAGGUUCAGCGAAGGAAUGCGCAUGCCAAAGGGAGUGAUUGUGGAGAAGGGAAUGUUGCGAUCAGCGAGGAUGCUUUAAAUAAAAAGGUCUAAAUUAUUCACUAAAAAAUCUUGUUACUGUCUGCUUUU